AUGAGAAUGGCUGAAUAUAUGGACCAAAACGAGAAGAUAUACAAAUCAUUGGCUCAUAUAAGACACAUAUACUCUCAGCUGAGCGCCGAUGAGCUCCGAUUGAGGGCUGAAUUCUGGGCUAAAAGUGUAUUGUUUUGGACAAAAGAGUGUGAAUUUUGGCAGUUUAUGGACGAGAGGUUGAGACUGGACUGCGAGGCCAAUAAAGUGGAGACACAAAUCAUUUAUAAUCUAAUCAUACGAAUCCUUAAUUCCGAUAAAUAUAUUCAAACCACAAAAGGCUUAACAUUGGACUCGAUUCGUGACAUUCAAAUGAAUGCUGAGAACCAAUGGAUUCAUGUGAUGACAAAUUCAUCUGAAGAGGAAUUUAUGCCGGAACUGGUCUUCUCGUGUCAAACACCACAACAAGAUAUCAUAUACUCGGAUGAGUUACGUCACGUCGACGCCUACCUGUUUGGCACAGAGGCAUACGUUGAGCCCAUUUAUAGGACCGACACCACUGUGUCAGGCAAUGAAAACGAGCAAGCACAUUACGAUGACAUUACCAUGAAUAACCCGGAUCAUAAUUAUUUUAAAGCGACUGACCCUGUAUUUAAUGGGAAGAUCAACAACAAGAUGGUAAGUGCGGCCAAUUGUCGGCUAACCAGAAGUGCUGCCAAGAGAGGCCUGUGUCUUAAUGAAUCAGAAAUACAAGUUAAUAAUACAAAACGUGGUAAAUUGAUUGAGAAUAUCACCGAGAUAGUAUUAGAUGAGCAAUAUUACUCCCGGAGCCCAUCGGCCACACCAUUGGGCGAGUAUGCGAUCGACCGAAUUGUUUCAAUUGAAACAAUUGACGGACAGAUAUAUUUCGGUGUCAAAUGGUGUUCAUUAAGCGACGAAUUCAAUACAUUAGAGCUGAUAGAAAAUGUGGUCAAUUGUCGACCGUUUCGGGUAUUUGCGGCCAAUUAUGUUGACUUAGGUAUGGGUGCGAACACUCAGGCAUAUGCCAAACGGACGGGCAGACCGUGUAAUGCCAAUCAUACUUGGAAAGCCGAUGCUUACCAUAAUUUAACAAGUGUUACAAAGCAAGCAGAUAUACCACGAGGUGAUAAUGAUUAUCAAAUAAUAGCCAAUAAAUAUCUCAGGCAAUAUGUAUCGGAGCGUAAAUACUGUUGCCGUUUGGGUUUUUAUAGCAAUAAAGCGGACAAUAAAUACAAAGUCGUCGCCAAUGAAAUUGAUUUUGUAAUAAAUAUUGGCAAAGAGUGGAACCGCUUGAGCGCCGAUAGCUAUCACAUCGUCGACGCCUUCAUUGGACACCCCUUCCAGACCGUCGACAAGUUGCGCCAAUUCAGACACCUAUACCCCCAGCACAGGGGCGCACAUCUCACACACCCUACCGGUGCUGUCAAGAGGCUGUGUAAAGCCAUGAAACAAUGUACGGGUGGUGUUGUGUGUCUGGUUGUUGGGCCCGGUGGUAGGCGCCACUCGGUCGCAGCCACCGAUGUGUACUCAAGAGUUUUCGUUAUGGUAGGCAAAGCUCGCCAUAGAGUUUGCUAUUAUUUUGAUCCGUUGCCGAAGGAAAGGGAUCCCAACCCUCUGGUGAUUGAGAUUAAGAAUAAAAUGGCCAGAAAUACACGGAUAUUGUGCGCGAAUGGACGGUCGGACGGCGCCGGAGGCCGAGAGUGUAUCCGCACGUUAUGGACUGAACGAGAGCACAAGUCAUCGCAUAAAACAUAA